AUGCCCGAGCGCCUCGGGGGCGCCCGAGCAUGCGGGCUGCGCUUGCGGGAACCCACCCGCAGGUGGGAACCCGCCCGGGCGCGGCCCCGCCCCCCGCACCCUUCGGCCCCGCCGAGCCCCGUUCCCGUCGCCGAAGGGCAGGACCGGGAGAGACCGGGAGGAGGACGGAGAGGGAAGCCGGGUGGGAGGGAGGAGCGGGGCGGAGCCCGGCCGGCCCCCCCGCCCCGCCUCGCCGCACCUGAAGCGAGCAGCGGCGCUCCCGCCCGGCCCCGGGCCCUCCGCCCGCCCUCCAUGGCUCGGCCGGCUGCGCGCUUGCUCUGCCUGGCCGCGCUGGCGCCGGCUGCCGGGCAGGGACCACCCCUGCCGCACGGCCGGCCCUCCGCAGAGCCGCUGCAGGACGAGGCGGACAACCAAGAGAACAUUCUCUCCCAGCUGUUAGGUGACUACGACAAGGUGAAGGCGGUGUCUGAAGGCUCCGACUGCCGGUGCAAAUGCCUGGUCAGACCCCUGGGCCGCGGCGCCUGCCAGAGGAUUAACGAAGGCGCUUUCAGAGCAGAGGAUUUUUACACGGUGGAAACCAUCACGUCAGGACCCAGCUGCAAGUGUGCGUGCGUGGCCCCCCCCUCGGCCCUCAACCCUUGCGAGGGGGACUUCAGGCUGAAGAAGCUGCGGGAGGCAGAGAGCAGUGACCUGAAGCUGUCUUCCAUCAUGGAGAUGCUGGAAAGUGCCUUUUAUGGCUUAGACCUUCUGAAGCUGCACUCGGUCACAACCAAGCUGGUGGGUCGGGUGGAAAAGCUCGAGGAGGGCAUGUCCAGGAACUUCACACAGGAAGGUCACCGUGCAGGAGCCAGUGGGGAGGAGGGUCUGCAGGAUCCCUCCGGCAGGGACAGGGAGAACUGCUCCAGGCUCCUCACCAACAGCCUCACGGACAUCGAGGGCUCGCUGCAGCGGGAUGCGGAGGCUGCCUACACACACGCAGAGGGCAAAUAUGAAGAAAGAUUCCUGAAAGAUGAAACCAUAUCCCAGCAGAUCAACUCUGUUGAGUCCCUCCCAGAGCUGCACCUCUCUCUGGAGGAAAAGAAGCCUGAGCAGCUCUUGCAAAGGAAGCUGAGGGUGAGGACCCGGCCUCCUUCCAAGCCCACCAUUGUCCGAGGGGUCACCUACUACAAAGCCCAGUCCACCGAGUCGGAGAAUGACAUCGAGGAGCAACCGGACGAGCUGUUCAGCGGGGACAACACGGUGGACCUGCUGAUCGAGGACCAGCUCCUGAGGCCCAACAGCAGGGCGGGCGAGGGCGUGAGGAAGCCCUCCCCAGUGGGAUGGCCCCCCACCCGUGGCAGUGCUCCCACCACCCCCCCAGCUGCUGACACUGCUGCGACAGCCACGGUGCCCCUGUCACCUGCCACAUCCACGGACCCCACGCCAGACCCCAAUGCUGUGAGCUGGCUGACCCCCACCCCAGAGACCGUGACUGCCCCAGCAGGGCUGGUGGAGGAGGGGACCCCACAGCUACUGGCAGCCUUGGACACAGCCAUGGAGAACUUGCCCCCAACCACCACCGCUGGGGCCUGGAGUGACAUGGAGAGCAGCCCAGGAGUCUGGGGACAGGCAGGCACACCCCCAACACCAGUCAGCCCCCCUACCCCAAAGGAGGGCCUGGAGGAGGAGGACAUCAGGAACAUCAUUGGGCGCUGCAAGGACACACUGUCCACCAUCUCGGGCCCCACCACCCAGAACACCUACGGGCGCAAUGAGGGAGCCUGGAUGAAGGAUCCCCUGGCCCGGGAGGAGCGGAUCUAUGUCACCAACUACUACUAUGGGAACACGCUGGUGGAGUUCAGGAACCUCGACAAUUUCAAGCAAGGUCGCUGGAGCAACUCCUACAAGCUCCCAUACAGCUGGAUUGGGACGGGACACGUUGUCUACAACGGCUCCUUCUACUACAACCGGGCCUUCACGCGCAACAUCAUCAAGUAUGACCUGAAGCAGCGGUACGUGGCCGCCUGGGCCAUGCUGCACGACGUGGCCUACGAGGAGUCCACCCCGUGGCGGUGGCGAGGCCACUCAGACGUGGACUUUGCUGUGGAUGAGAACGGCCUGUGGGUCAUCUACCCGGCCAUCAGCUACGAGGGCUUCAACCAGGAGGUGAUCGUGCUGAGCAAGCUGAACGCAGCCGACCUCAGCACCCAGAAGGAGACCACGUGGAGGACGGGGCUGCGGAAGAACUUCUACGGGAACUGCUUUGUCAUCUGUGGGGUCCUGUACGCGGUCGACAGCUACAACAAGAGGAAUGCCAACAUCUCCUACGCCUUUGACACGCACACCAACACGCAGAUCAUCCCCAGGCUGCUCUUUGAGAACGAGUACGCCUACACCACGCAGAUAGACUAUAACCCCAAGGACCGCCUGCUCUACGCCUGGGACAAUGGCCACCAAGUCACCUACCAUGUCAUCUUUGCCUACUGAGACCCCCCCACCACAGUGGGGCACUGCAAGCCAGGGGCCACCAGCACCUUUUAUUAUUAUUUUUAUUGUUAUUAUUAUUUUGUACAAAUCGAAGAGUAAAUGAUGGGUUUUGUUUCAAGCUGGUUUUUUAUGGUGGAUUGUAGAUCGAUCCCCAGGCCAGAACCACCCCCUUUGUCUUUGCUGUAUCCUUGCUUCUGAUUUUCCUUCCCAGGGGAAGGAGGUUCUCCUUCGGAAGGGCAGAUGGGCCCUCCUGCCCAGGGAAGAGGAGGUGGCCAUGGUCCUCCUGAUGAUGUUUUUAGCUGAAGAUGAUCAGCAAGACACCCUGAACCAGUAAAAAGCUGGCCUCUCUGCCGUGGGCACCAGGUCCCAGCGGGAUGCUGAUGUCUGCCUGCCCUGGUGGAGGACCUGUGUGUCCCAUGGGAAUGUCCCAUCUCUCAGGACCAUCUUCCCAGCUUCCUUUUGGAGAUCCUGCUGUACAAUGGGGCUGUGAGCGCAGCUCCAGCAGCCCCUGGUGCUGGCACUUAUGCCAAGGACUGUCCCCUCCAGCUUGGGCUCUGCCCUUUGCAACCCCCUCGGGGGUUCAGGUGCACCUUGAGCCCUGAUUCACAGCUGGAGUGAGCUGGUGGCAGGAGGGGGAUGCUGUAAAUACGUGUAGAUGGCUUUUGUUUGUUCAUUUUGUAACCUAAAGUAGUCCCCCUUGGCAUUUGCUGGGCAAAGGCUCCGUUCAGCUGGGCACUGGGCUGCCUGGGCAGGGGGCUGUGGGGCUGUGGGAGCCCCGAGGGCUGGAGAGCCCUUGUCCUGCUGCUCCAAAUCCUGCAUUGCCUCUUACUGCCGUGCUCAGCCUGGUCCUGGCUGUUGACCAUCGGGAUCCCCUCACAGAGGCAAAGCCCUUGCCCUCCUGCCUACCAGCAUCUUGUAUUUACCUGCUGUCAGUAAUAAAGGAUCCAGUACCUUUGCA